AUGCCGCCCAAACAACCCAUACCCUCCGCCGCUUCGCCCUCCCCUCCACCUAUGACAGUGACGAACGAAGCGCAGGACAUGCUCGUCAUCCAGGACCUGAUGGACACGCUGGAUCAGCUUCCUCCAGAACUGACGAGGGUGUACUCGGACCUCAACGAGCUCGGGGCUGUACUGUAUACGACCUUGCUGCAGCUUCAGUCGAAGCUCAAUCAGCUUAUUGAUUGGGUACAGGACCCGAGGAUCGGUCCGGAGCAGCGGUUCCAGCUUUUGCAAGAGAUUGCGGAGGAGGCGGCGCGGUACAAGUUGGGCGCAGACGAUAAGGUCCGGGUGGCUGGCGGAGCCAGUGAAGGGAUUAUGGGCCACCAGCGACACAUCACCAACCUCCUCAACGCCUCUACACUCCUCAAUUCCGCCCCGCCCUCCCCUUACACCCAAGCCCUGACCCUCUCGCAACUUCCCCUCCCUGCCAAUACUCGCCGAGGCCAGCUCUCGCGCGCUGCCAACUCGCCAUUCGGCGGUAGAGGUUACGCAGCUGCGGCAGGUGGUGCGUCAGACGAGCGGGGCACAAAAGUUGGCGAUACGCCGACCAAGAAGAAGAAGAGUCGGGUGCAGCAGUUGGGGAGGGAGGAGGAUGAGAUGAGUGCAGGAGGCAAGGACAAGAAGGUUGCCAGUAAGAAGAGGAAGACAACGAAUCGUGGUGUUUCACCUACCGACUCGCUCGGCUCCGCCUCCCAAUUUGCAGGCUCCAAGCCCGUCGAACCACGUACAGCUCGUCAAAUCGCCGCUGCUGCUGCCUCCCGCGCCCGACAGAUGCAAAGAGGAGGCGACGACGAUUCGGACGAUUCCGAGCCCGCUCGCAAACCCGCCGGAGGGGUCGGAAUGCAAAUCACUCCUUCUUCCGAUUCGAUGGCGCUCGACCGGGGACUCGGGAUCGACUUUGGGGCAGCCGGCGGGCACAGUCGCGAGAGUACGACGGGCCGGGCUAGUGCGCAGGCUACGCCAACCAUCGCGCAUGCCCAGGUGGCGGGUACGAAGGAGAGCGGGCGGUCCCGACAGCGUAGUGGGAAUGGGAAUGGAUCGGGCGCUGCGGGGUCUAAGAGACAAAGGGAGGAGAUGGAGGAUGAGGGUGAGAGCGAGCUGGACGAGGAGGAUCGACCGAAGAAGGGGAAUGGGGCCGCGGGAUCGGGAGCGGCGUCAGCAGGUGGGGCAGGGGCGGGGGAUCCGGAUCUGGAGGUGUACUGCGUGUGUAGGCAGGUCGGGUAUGGAGAGAUGAUUGGGUGUGAUGAGGAUACGUGCGAGAUUGAAUGGUAUCACGUCGCGUGCCUGGGGUUCGACAAGCCGCCAGAGGGCAACUGGAUCUGUCCUCAGUGUGUCGAGAGGAAGAAGAAGAAUCCAAAGGCUAAGAAGGGGGCCAAACCCCGGCGGACCAAGUGA